GUCCGCGGACUGCGUUUUGGCAAAUAACAACUGUCAACCGUCAACCAUAAACGCAGGUCAUGUCGACCGUCAAUGAAGGCGGCUUGAAGAAGCGUACAUAAAGUUCGCAGGCCUCAGGGUAGUUUUCAUCCCUAGACUCUUAGACCGUUCCACAAUGGUGCUCGGUUUCGGAAACAUCGAAGGAGCUGGGCUCGAGGCCCGAAAACUAUCCGUCUUCCAGUCCAACUGGAGGGGCAAGGAGAAACAAGCCGAAACGAAGUCCAUCUUGCGCAAUGUCACGCUUUCGGUACCGCAGGGCAAUAUCAUGGCCAUCAUGGGGGGUAGUGGAAGUGGGAAAACCACCCUCCUAAACGCCCUCUGCGGUCGGUUGAACACCGGGCAAGUGUCCGGCGAGGUGACGAUGGACUCCGUGCCGGCCAGAACCUAUAUCGCCAGCGGCCGAGUAGCAUACGUUCAGCAAAGCGAUCAGCUCCUGCCGUACCUGACUGUUCGAGAGACCCUCCGCUAUGCCGCCCGUUUACGGCUUCCGAGAGAUAUGCCAAAAGCGGAGAAAUUUGAGCUGGUGGAGAACGUUAUUGCCGAAUUGGGGCUGAAGGAAUGUGCGGAUACGAUCAUUGGAAAUGAUCGGAGGAAAGGAUGCAGUGGCGGAGAGAAGAGACGAGUGUCGGUUGGAGUGCAGCUUUUGCUGAACCCUAGUAUGAUUUUCUUGGAUGAGCCGACAACCGGACUUGAUGCGUUCACGUCGCUUUCAUUGAUCCAAACUCUUGUCGAGUUGGCACGGAAAGGGAGAACGAUCUGCGUUUCUAUCCAUCAACCACGGAGUGACAUCUUCGAGCUCUUCGACAACAUUGUUCUCCUCUCGCGCGGAGAUUUAGUCUACUCGGGUCCGAGGAGCUCAGUUCUGAGCUACUUCGAAAGUCUUUCGUACAACGUGCCGGAGCACAUGAACCCAGCAGAUUACCUGAUCGAUGUGUCGAGCGUAGACAACCGGGACACCGAAGCAGAGGAGAAGUCGAAGGCGAAGUUGAAGACUCUUGUCGACGCUUGGGUGUUCCGCAGCCACACGGCCAUCGAGGACAGGGUGGGGCCCGUUGGGGGAAUCGAGAUGGCACAACUUGACGGCGAUGGGAGGGCCCUGCUGGCAGCGGACAGGAAGCAACCCUCGACGUGCGGGUUUGAACACGGGGCCGCUCAAAAGAUUGGGGCAUCACCGGUGCAGCAGACGAUCGUGAUUGCCGAGCGCACAUUCAAGAACUUGCUUCAGGACCGUCUGACUUUCUGGGGCUCGGUCUUGGAGGUGCUCUUGUUGGCUGGAGCGGUCGGUCUGAUCUUCUUGCGUCUCGACGAGACGCAGAGCGGGAUUUUAGGCAGAAAGAGUGCAUUAUACAUCACCGCCUCCGUGCAGAAUUACCUCGGACUCAUGUUCAUGAUCUACAAGCUCAGUCAGGAGAUGCAAGUCUUCGAUCGCGAGCGGAAGGACAAGAUGUACUCGGUUGUCCCGUACCUCGUGGGAUGGCUCAUCGCCAAUUUCCUGCUGUAUGCUGCGCUGGCGGUGCUGUUUUCAUGCAUCAUCUACUUCAUGAUCGGAUUGAGGACGGACUCGAGCUUCCACUUUGGCGUCUUUGUUGGAGCGAACGUUUUGAUGCAGUUUGUCACCAUCGGCUGGGCCUACUUCUGCAUUUCAUGGGCUCGAGGUUUCGCGACAGCUUCUCUGAUCGGAAACUCGUUUUUCACGUUCCUUUCGACGUCAAGUGGAUUUUUCAUCCAAGUUGAUCAGAUUCCCAUUUACCUCCGAUGGUUUAAAUGGAUCAGCUAUAUCACCUACGGCUUCCGCCUUCUCUCCACCAACGAGUUCUCCGACAAAUCCUACGCAUGCCCGGAUGUCUCUCCAACCAACGGUCGAGACGACCCUCGUUGCCAAGGCAAUGUCAUUCUGCAAACCCUGGGCUUCGGGACAGAUGACUACUCGUUUCCCAUUGUCGCCCUCGUUAUCAACUACUUCGUCUUAAUGAUCCUCACGGGCCUCAUCCUCCACCUGAAGCCCUACGGAGGAAUCACGCACGCUGCUUCCGUCAAGACAAAGACCGAGAAGAAGAUCUCAAACUUGGACGUGGAGGGCCAGACACCGGCGUCCGAGUCGUCCGUACCACGCAUCAACAUCACCCUCGACAACGUCUCCCUCUACCUCACCAAGAAGAGUCCUCUCUCAAAAGCCUCGUCUACCUCCAUAACCAUCCUCGACGGCGUCUCCGCAUCGUUCCAAGCCGGGCAUCUCUCUAUCAUCCUUGGUGCGUCCGGCGCAGGCAAAUCCAGCCUGCUCAACAUCCUCAUGGCCCGCGGCCUCCCCACCGGCGCCUUCCUCAAAACGACGCAAACCGGGCGUAUCCUCUACAAAGGCAUGGAGAUUAUGCAGCCUGCGCAAGUGGCGUCGCUGUGCUCAUUGGUGGUGCAAGACGAUCAUCAUUUGUUGCCGGGGUUGACGGCGAGGGAGACGCUGAGGUACUCGGCGCUGUUGAGGCUGCCGAAGGAGAUGUCGAAGCCGGAGAAGUUGAUGAGGGCUGAUAAGGUGUUGUUGGAGCUGGGGUUGAAGGAUUGUGCGGAUCGGUUGGUUGGGGGGGAGGGGAUUGCGAAGGGACUCAGCGGCGGUGAGAAGCGGCGUCUUUCCAUUGGAGUGCAGAUGUUGACCAACCCGGCCGUUCUCAUCAUUGAUGAGCCAACUAGCGGUCUCGACUCCUUCACUUCUCAUAACCUCAUUCUGAAACUGAAAGAAAUUGCAACAUCUGGCAGGACUAUCAUUUGCAGUAUCCAUCAGCCUCGGUCUGAUAUCGUAAAAGAAUUCGACUCAGUCUUGCUGUUAGCAUCCGGCGGCCGAACAGUGUACUCCGGCGCCGCAAAAGAUAUGCUCCCCUACUUUGCCAGCUUAAACCACCCAGCGCCCCGUCUCACCAACCCCGCCGACUUUGCCCUUGACCUGUCCUCCAUCGACUUGCGCAACCCCACCGCCGAAGAAGCAUCCCGUGCACGUCUGACCCAGUUGGUCGCUUCCUGGCGUACGAUGCUACAGCCCAGAUCACCCAGCGACGAACCGCUGAAUUACAAGCCCCCCGCACCGCCCCGGACACGAAGCGCGCAUGAAGGCGGUCCGGAAUCCUCCGAGAAUGCACAGGGUAGCACAGUGGACAUUGCGUCGCUCGCUUAUCGCAGCCCGGCCGUCUUCGCGACCGCUCUGUCGGUUUUGGUGAGGAGGAGUAUGAGAAAUAUGAUGCGCCAGGUGAACUUGGCGAGCGCUAGGAUCAUGCAGGUCGUCGCCCUGGCUGUCAUCUUUGCUUUGUACUUUGCCGGACUUGGCAAGAAUCAAGCCUCCGUGCAAUCACGGUUUGGUAUCUUGCAACAACAAGGUUCCCUCAUCUUUGUAGGAAUGCUGAACUGCAUCGCCGUCUUCCCGCAAGAACUCAGCCUCAUGCGGUUCGAGUACCGCGAUAACGUCUACAGCGUGGCCUCGUUCUUUGUCAGCUACUGUGUCAACGAGUUCCCUUUCGAACUCGUAAGUGCACUGCUGUACGCCAUCAUCAUCAUGUUUGCCGUAGGCCUGCAAGCGUCCGUCAGCAAUUUCUUCACUUUGGCAUACAUUGCGUUUUGUUUCAUCAAUACUGGGGAGAGUCUUGGAAUCGCCUUUUGCGCUUUGGUCGACAGCAUCGGAUUCAGUGUCCAGGCCAUGAGCACUGUGCUCUCGCUGGAAGUCAUGAUGGCGGGUUUCCUCAGCGUCAAGAUGCCGAAGAUCCUGGAGGGCUUGAACUACUUGUUCAUCACGCGUUUUGUGGCUCGCAUCGUCGCUGUUCAGGAGUUCACAGGUCUUCAUUUCGACUGCUCACCCGCCGAGACCGCCUCCGGGACCUGCGUGUUUCAAACAGGCGACGACGCCCUCCGUCUCCUCGACUUCGACACGAGCCACAGCCAGUGGGUGCUGAACAUGGUGAUGGUGGCGGUCUUGACUGUGGUGUUCCGAGUAGUGGCGUAUGGAGUGCUUUGGGCUCGGACCAAGAACUGAGGAUAAAGAACAGUACUGUUGGACUUCGAGGGACCUUUGGAACAUUGAAAGAAAUGGACGGCGUUUUGAUGUACUUCUUCUUUUACAUAUGCACUUCUUCUCUGUGAUAUAUAGUCGGUCGGAAUACAUUUCCCAUUCUAUGCUCUUCAC